AGAAUUACCAUGAAGACAGACUGGCGUGUGCUAAUAAUAAUAUUAUGACAAGCAUCCAGCGUAUAUAUACUGGCUAACUGUAGGAAAAGCACAUACACAGGGUGGGAACAUCACUGGAAGCAAUGGCUCUUGGGACAAGUGUGUGCUUUGUGGUGGUGCUGAGUCUGGCUGCUAAGGGAUCAUAUGCACAGUCAAGUGUGCUUGGCCAAGCUCCUCUUAACACCAGCAUUGUUGGGGGUCAGAACACCUCUGUGGGACGUUGGCCCUGGCUGGCCAGUCUGUACCACAAUGGUUCCCAGGUCUGUGAAGGAUCCCUUAUCAACAAACAGUGGGUGCUCACUGCUGCCCAGUGCUUCUCCAGUGCCAGUACAAACGAUUGGAUUGUUUAUCUGGGUCAGCAAAUCCCGAAACAAUCCAAUCUAAGUGAAGUAGGAUGGAAUGUAAGCCGCAUCAUCCAACAUCCAAAUUACACCGUGGGACAGUUCGACUACAACAUUGCUCUGGUGAAGUUACAGUCUGCUGUGAACUUCACUGACUACAUCCGGCCUGUUUGCGUGGCCGCCAGUGGCAGCACCUUCUACAGCGGCACAGACACCUGGGUCACUGGCUCACUGUCAUAUCCGUUCAUUUCAAUAAGUAACAUCCUGUCCCUCCUCUUCUCAUCUGGGAAUCUGCAGCAAGUGAAGAUUCCCGUGGUGGGAAACAGACAGUGCUACUGCCUUUACAGCAACCUGUCGAUUCCCCUGCCCUCUUUCAAUGCCACACAGAACUUCAUGUGCGCUGGCCAGCUGGCAUGGGGGGGAACCUCUACAUGUCAGCAGGGACACCUCGGGAGUCCACUGGUGGUCAAAAACGGCCACAUUUGGGUCCAGGCUGGGGUUGUGAACUAUGACUGUGUUCACCCUGGACUCCUUGGUGUCUAUGCCAGCGUGUCCCGAUAUGAGCACUGGAUCAACUCCACCAUCACCUCUGACAGCCCAUGCUUUGUCACUUUCACCUCCAAUGGGACAGACAGUGACAACAAUGUCACCUGUGCCACACCAUCAUCCAUUAAAAAUUCUUCCCAGGUGCUUGGCCAAGCUCCGCUUAACACCAGCAUUGUUGGGGGUCAGAACACCUCUGUGGGACGUUGGCCCUGGCUGGCCAGUCUGUACCACAAUGGUUCCCAGGUCUGUGAAGGAUCCCUUAUCAACACACAGUGGGUGCUCACUGCUGCCCAGAGCUUCUCCAGUGCUGUUACAAACGGUUGGGUUGUUUAUCUGGGUCAGCAAACCCCGAAACAAUCCAAUCUAAGUGAAGUAGGAUGGAAUGUAAGCCGCAUCAUCCAACAUCCAAAUUACACCGUGGGACAGUUCGACUACAACAUUGCUCUGGUGAAGUUACAGUCUGCUGUGAACUUCACUGACUACAUCCGGCCUGUUUGCGUGGCCGCCAGUGGCAGCACCUUCUACAGCGGCACAGACACCUGGGUCACUGGCUGGGGUUCCCCUCUCUCCUCAUCUGGGAAUCUGCAGCAAGUGAAGAUUCCCGUGGUGGGAAACAGACAGUGCUACUGCCUUUACAGCAACCUGUCGAUUCCCCUGCCCUCUUUCAAUGCCACACAGAACUUCAUGUGCGCUGGCCAGCUGGCAUGGGGGGGAACCUCUACAUGUCGGCAGGGACACCUUGGGAGUCCACUGGUGGUCAAAAACGGCUCCAUUUGGGUCCAGGCUGGGGUUGUGAACUAUGACUGUGUUCACCCUGGACUCCUUGGUGUCUAUGCCAGCGUGUCCCGAUAUGAGCACUGGAUCAACUCCACCAUCACCUCUGACAGCCCAUGCUUUGUCACUUUCACCUCCAAUGGGACAGACAGUGACAAUAAUGUCACCUGCACUGGUGUCCCACCUAUUACCAGACCAUCUCCCCCAGCCCACACCCUACUGCACUCAUCUACCUCCACCAUUGCCCCCAUAACAACAGUGCACUCAUCUACCUCCAGCACCACUGCCAAGCCGGAUGUAUGUGGUCUCGCCCCACUGAACAAUGGAGGCAGCAGUGGGUCGGUAGCAGCAGGGGCGUGGCCCUGGCAGGUCAGCCUGCAGAAGAAUGGGACCCAAGUCUGUGGGGGCACUCUCAUCACACGGAGAUACGUCAUGAGUGCAGCAGAGUGCUUCAACAACUCAGAGCCCAACAGCAGCCAGUGGACAGUGGUUCUGGGAAUGAAUGUGUCACUAGGGGUGUCUGACAUCAAACUGAGCAACCUGCCAGGUCCUAACAUCGCUCUGCUCCACCUGGCCAAAAGUGUGACCCUGACCGACUACAUCCAGCCUGUGUGCCUGGACUUGGAUAACACUGUAUUCACUAGUGGCGCACAGUGCUGGGUGACGGGAUGGAGCAAUAUUCAGGGUGGAGUCCAAAGUCUUCAGCAGCAGGAGACGACAGUGGAAAACUGUUCAAUCACCUCUACUAACCAAAUCUGCACUGUAGCUCUAAGCUCACUGACGGGAUAUACAGGGGGGCCUUUGGUUUCAAAGAGAAGAGGAUCAUGGUUCCAGGGUGCAGUGAUAAUGACAGGUAACUCCAGCACACGUGCGGCAUCAGAGCAGGUCUUCACCAAGACGUCAAAGUUCAAGAGUUUCAUUGGGGAUGUAGUGGGUCUGUUGCCACAGCCCAGCAGAGCAGGACAGCACUUCUCUGCCCUCCUCAGCCUCACCCUCCCCCUCCUCUCCCUCUCCUUGAUGUCAGUCUGGGGCCACUGACACCCUGGAUUGUUCCUCUUCAUCAAUCAGCUCCGUUUCUGUAACAUUAAAAUAAAAUUACAGGCUGUAUGACAAAAAGCAGCUCAAACUAACAGUUUAGUUUAUAAAAGUACCUUGUGAUUUUGUUUAGUCUUUUGAAAAUUUAAAAGUAAAUUAUUGCUUGUAUUAAGAAAUAUUUAUUGAUUAUUAAGACAACCAUGACUGCAAUAAAAGUAGUAAUGCAUUAGGGUUGCAUUCAUAGUUAAAUUGAAUAUUUCAUUGAAAAUUUAAUUGUACGAAAACUACCUGUAAAAUUUCGCUUCUGUCACUACAUUACUAUUGUUUACUUAGCUUAUGAAAUGAAAGACUGGCAGAAAUAUUUAUGUCAUUUAUCAUGCAUUGUCUUUACCUCUGCUUCAUGUUCAAUCAUGUAUAAUCACAUAUACAUUAGGAUAACACUUUAUAUAACAAUUUAAAACUGAUUUCAAAUGAGUAAA